CGCCGCGGCAACAGUCUCCGCCGUGAGGGACCGGGCCGCCUUGGCCCCUCCGCUUGCCGUCUUUUCCGGCAGUUGGGGCGCUUCCUGUUGUUCGCACCCGUAACCGCCCCUCGGACCCUACCUCAGAGCCCUUCGGGCGUCCCGUCCCCUCGUCUGGUCGGCUGGCUGCUGGUGCUGGGGUUUCGCUUCUACUCACGUCGAGACCGCUGGCCCGGCCGGCGUUUGCGGCUGUCGGCUGCCCUCAGCCCUGCCUCCCCUGGGGCUCUGCAGCCAUGGCAAUGACAGGCUCAACACCUUGCUCGGCCAUGAGUAAUCACACAAAGGAAAGGGUGACAAUGACCAAAGUGACACUGGAGAAUUUUUAUAGCAACCUUAUCGCUCAACAUGAAGAACGAGAAAUGAGACAAAAGAAGUUAGAAAAAGUGAUGGAAGAAGAAGGCCUAAAAGAUGAAGAGAAACGACUCAGGAGAUCAGCACAUGCUCGGAAGGAAACAGAGUUUCUUCGUUUGAAGAGAACAAGACUUGGAUUGGAAGAUUUUGAGUCCUUAAAAGUAAUAGGCAGAGGAGCAUUUGGUGAGGUGCGGCUUGUUCAGAAGAAAGAUACAGGGCAUGUGUAUGCAAUGAAAAUACUCCGUAAAGCAGAUAUGCUUGAAAAAGAACAGGUUGGCCACAUUCGUGCGGAGCGUGACAUUCUAGUGGAGGCAGACAGUUUGUGGGUUGUGAAAAUGUUCUAUAGUUUUCAGGAUAAGCUAAACCUCUACCUAAUCAUGGAGUUCCUGCCUGGAGGGGACAUGAUGACCCUGCUGAUGAAGAAAGACACACUGACAGAAGAGGAGACUCAGUUUUAUGCAGCAGAGACAGUAUUAGCCAUAGACUCCAUCCACCAACUCGGAUUCAUCCACAGAGACAUCAAACCAGACAACCUUCUCCUGGACAGCAAGGGCCACGUGAAACUUUCUGACUUUGGCCUUUGCACAGGACUGAAAAAAGCACAUAGGACAGAAUUUUAUAGGAAUCUGAACCACAGCCUCCCCAGUGAUUUCACUUUUCAGAACAUGAAUUCCAAAAGGAAAGCAGAAACCUGGAAAAGAAACAGACGUCAGCUAGCCUUCUCCACAGUAGGCACUCCUGACUACAUUGCUCCUGAGGUGUUCAUGCAGACCGGGUACAACAAGCUCUGUGAUUGGUGGUCGCUGGGGGUGAUCAUGUAUGAAAUGCUCAUUGGCUACCCACCUUUCUGUUCUGAGACCCCUCAAGAGACAUAUAAGAAGGUGAUGAACUGGAAAGAAACUUUGACUUUUCCUCCAGAAGUUCCUAUUUCUGAGAAAGCCAAGGAUCUAAUUUUGAGAUUCUGCUGUGAAUGGGAACAUAGAAUUGGAGCCCCUGGAGUUGAGGAAAUCAAAAGUAACUCUUUUUUUGAAGGUGUUGACUGGGAACAUAUCAGAGAGAGGCCUGCUGCAAUAUCUAUUGAAAUCAAAAGCAUUGAUGAUACCUCAAACUUCGAUGAGUUUCCAGAAUCUGAUAUUCUUAAGCCAACAGUGGCAACAAGUAAUCACCCUGACACUGACUACAAGAACAAAGACUGGGUCUUCAUCAAUUACACAUACAAGCGCUUUGAGGGUCUGACUGCACGGGGGGCAAUACCUUCCUACAUGAAAGCAGCAAAGUAGUUUCCUUGAAAUGGGAUCCUAAAUCGAGCAGUUCUUUGUACAACAUCAUGGUUUUCUUCUCACAUAACUGUUUUGAAAGAGCUUCGAAGAGGUUUAUGGAACCUACCAACGUGUCAUGGUAAACUCCUGAAAUGUGAUAGUAAGUGGAUUCUCUUCCAUGAUGCAUCUGAUGACCUGUAGAACAAAGACAACCAUUUUUACUACAUCAGCCAUUAAUGGCUGUCCUGCUUCUUUAGAAGCAUCAUGAGCCAAUUUGAUGUUUUAAAAAAACUUGAGUUUUCCUAAGUUCAUCAGAAUGAAGGGGGAAAAACAGCCAUCAUCCAACAUUGAGAUUGUAACAUAUACUUACUGAGUAUCAGCCAAUUCCUGUGAUUUUGUGACAUAUGCUUGCUACCAAGCCCACCAAGUAUUUUUUUCUUUACAGCUAAAAGUUCCAUAGUACUAAGGAAAUACAGCAAUAAAGAAAGCUUCAGUAGCCAGCAUUCUGGCUGAAGGAAAUGAUCCACCAUUCUGAGUGGGUGAUGGUGGUAGUUUCUCCCCAAACCUCAGCCUCAGGCAAGUAGCUUUUUAUAGCCUCCAUUCAUGGUGCACUUUAUUUAUGGUACUAGGAUAAAGACCCUCAGUCCAUUUUGAUUUCCUUCUACCCAUCUGAAAUACUCAAACGCUGCUUUUCUGAGUGUUGAUGGGAAGAUACCAGCUUGAUCCUUUGUUGCUCUUAGAAGGCCCAAAAAGCCACUGGGCAUUGAUUGCCAGGGAGUCCUGGAUCACGUGGAAAAUCCUCACUUUCUCUUCACGGCUGUAUUAGAAAAUCCCUUUGGAUGUUGCCGUGGACUAGCAAUACCCACAAGUGCUGCCAAAAGGACCUCGGUUUAUUCCUGGGAACACAGCAAGGAGAGCCCAGGCAGAAGCAGGAGGCCUCGAACCCUCUUGGCUAAGGUGCUGCUCCUGCUCCGUGUCCAGACCUCCCUGCAAGUGGUGAAGGAACGAGCCCAAUACAAAGCGCAGAGCCAGCCUGCAAAUCCGUGCGAAGUUCACGCCUCAAUCUGGUGCAACUGUAUUUGUAUCCUCUUAGUAUUUCUCCUCUCCCAACUUUAAGUAACCAUUUUGCCUUGGAAUCAUGAUUACAAAUUUUUCCUUUGCAGAUGCCUUCCUGGGGGAUGGUCCUCUUCACCCUAAAGGGUCACGUGCAGGCCUGGGCUGACCAGGCCUCUCUGCUGUGGUGUUCUCUAGAGAGACCCUCUGAAUUUUAGCACAAAGUGCCUUUUCUUUCACAGCUGCCAUCGCCUUUAGAGGACUUUUGCUGCAUCAGAAAAAUGUGGAGGCUCCAUAUUAAUGCAUUAUUACUUUUAAAAAUUUUGAUAACUCUUAAAGCAUCAUUUGCACCUAUGUGGUAACUUUGCCUGUUGCAGAGUGUCAUAGCCAAGCCACAGCUGGGAGACUGCUUUCUGCCAGUCUUGAAGUUGUUAACAUCAGCUAUGAAAGGAAAGUAUGUCCUAGCUUAGCCAUUCAGAAAAGAAAAAGAAAAAUGGACUAUCAGAGUUACAGUAGUAAGUGAAACUGCUUUGGGUUUUAAUGUCUUAGAGGAAGAAAAAAGAAUAUUAGGGAAAUAUUAACUCUGGAUGAAGGUAAUGUGUUUCCCCUUAUUCUUUCAUUCAUGGUUUGCUAGUGAAAAGGAAGUGAGAUUCUUUUGUGUAACUUUGUAGCUUCUUUGGAUUACCAAAUAGUUGGGGUCUUGACCCCUAUGUGUUUUGCAAGAGUAUGUGGUAAGCAUGGACAAUGAGAGGUAAUGGGAGGGUGGUAGGUAGUCUGUGUGUUGGGGAGUGGCAGGGGAUAAUUUGUUUUUGGGGGGGAAUGCCCACAUUUUAACUUUUAAAUGUCUGAAUAAACUGUGUGAAAGCAAUAGUGUAAGUCUGUGGCUCAUAAUUCAAAGAGCCAGAGUGCUGAUGGCUUCCUCUGACCCUUUUGUCUGCAAACCGUUAAACGCUGAAGACCACCUUUAGGCAAAAUGCUUUACCAUCUCAGGGAAGAUGGGACCUGCUUUUUUGUUCCCUGAGAAGAAGUCUUCUGAACUGGAGUUCAUGUAAAGAGACUGUCUUCUGUUGGCCUCACGUCUAUGCUCUUUUCACCUGGCUCAGUGUUACUGGGCAGUGGGCACUCUUGCAGUAAGUGCAGUUAGGCCAAGGGGAGACCUGCCGACGAAAGUUCUGUAAACUGGUGGACCCUUUAUACAACUGUUUGUAGCUCAGCCCCAUUUUUUUUCAGCCUGGGGUUGACCAGGAAACUCACAAGCUCCCAGGAUGGACUUCUCAGCUCCCUGUGUCCACCAGAGCAGGGCUCUGUCUCUGGAUUUAGAUUUAAGGAGUCUUAUGGGUCCCACUUCUUACCUCCUUCUCUGGGUCAGGAAAAGGACCCUCAGGCAAAGAGGAAGGGGCAAAGACCAACCAGGGUGGGAACUGCAGGCAGAGGUUAGUUAAAUGCAGCCUAACAAUGUAUCGUCGUUCAAGGCUCAUGAGUUUCAAGAAACAUGUCGGGAACCACUGGCUCAGUGUUGGUCCUAUUCACAGCUAAUUCUGUGUCCCGUCUCUUAGGAGAAGUUAGAAAAUAAUAGAACUUGAACUGUACUGCAUACUAAAAUGAAACUGAAUGCUGAUGUCAUUCAGACUCCUUGAUUCAGGAGUACAUCAGAAUUUUCUUCAGUACCUAUUUAAGAAUUUCAAAAGUGAGAGGAAUCCUUUGGGAUUAAUGGUCAGGCUGUGAAACAGCAGAUUGCUAAUUUUAACGCUCAUCUGUAUAGUGUAGGAAUCCUCUGCCACUGAUUGCUACUACUGUUCUCUGAAUCAUUUCCUUGGAAAGCAUAUUUCCUGGAUCACCUUCUCCUGUUACUGUCUCCUGGGCCUCUGUGUGUAACCCAAACGGUGUUUUGAAUUGAAUGCAAAAGGAUUCAGUGAAUGGUAUUUUCCUUUCCUAGUUAGCAACCAUUUCCCUGGAAUGAUCUGUCAAAACCAACACUGACUUAAAAACAAGCCUCUUUAGGCAUAUUUUCAGAGAAAAACAUCUUGCCCACAUAAUACUUAAGCAUUCAUAAAAUACAGAGCUCAAUCCCAGGUACACUGGGGAUGCAAUAGGGAAGCCCACUGUGGUUCUGAACCACAGAUCAGUUUGAGGAGAGAAUUCCCAGCCACAAAGUUGGCUUAACAGAAUUGCAGCAUCAACUAUAAAGUUAUUAGUAUGUUAGUGUUGCUGUAACAGUACUAUUAAGCCAACCCUGAGUUGUUGGGAAGGUUAAGGAAGCUUCCCAGAGGUGUUAGUAAGUAGCAGUGAUUUGGCAGAGGGGAAGGUGAGCAGUGCAGGAUUUGGGAGGCUGGUAGGUAUGGUCCCGUGCUGUGACAGAGGCGUGGAGCUAUGAGUAAGUAUUGCUUCCUGAAAAACACUCUCCAGUCACUUUCGUUACUUCAUUUCCCUCUCACUUCAGUCUGGUUUCUUCCCCUUGUGUGAAACACAUUAGUAUUAAUUAUCCCAUGUGCAAAACGUGCUAGUACUAAUUUUAAUAAUCACUCCUCUGUUCACUGGCGUCCUAACUGCCACAUCCACUGGCUUCUCUUCAGCCCUCAUCUACCUGACCACCUGCUGCACUCACACUGUUGAGUUAAAACAAAAAACUCUGCUCCCAUCUCUCUGACUUCCUUCUUGGUAGUUCCUCUGCCACUGCCCAAAUGCUGGUGCUCCUCAGAGCAAUGCCUUUGCCUUUUUUUCACUCGUGUGAUCUCCCCCAUACUGUGGCUUCAGCUGCCGUUUUUGUGGUGAGAUCUGCAAAAUGACCAUCCUGCCUGGAUCUCUCCCCAGAACUCUAGAUCCCAUGUAGGCGAGUGCCUAUUAGAAACUGCCACCUGGAAGGCCUCUUACAGGUGCCAACUGUCCUUAUGGAGCUCCUCUUGCCUCCACAGCCUUUUUUCUAGCUCAUUCUACCUGCUGUCCAAGCCAGAAAUUUCUUACAUGAUUCCCAUCAGUAAACGUAUAUAAUUCUGGGGCAUGAUUGUCCAUCCUACCAGUGUCUUCAUCAUUCCUUGCUGAGUCCAUUGUUGUGGUCUCUUAGCUGACCUUUGUCCCUGGUCCUUCCCCUUUCAAGUCUGUCGUCCUCUCUGCUGCCAAAGAAACUCUUAAAUUUCAAGUCUGAUCAUGUUAUUCUCCUGCAUAAAAUCCUUCAGGCUCCUGAGAGCUUAUAUAAUGAGACCAAACACCUUUGUCUGAGGUACAAGGGCCCUUCCUUACUCUGGCCUAUCUCUGCAUUACUAUCCUCCCCCUGCCCCCACCAUCCUCUUCCCUGAUGACAAUAAGCAACUAGUUCACCUUCGCAUCUUUGCUUAUACAGUUGCGUUGGCCUGGAAUACUUCCUUUCGGAUUCAUGAAUCCAAAACGACUAGUAUUUGUCUUUCACAGUUUGGUUCAUGUGUCAUGUAUAGAACCCUCCUGUGAACUCUCCUCUAAUUUUCAUAGUAAAAACUGGCUACUCCAUCCUUAUGCGCUUCCUGAGUGACCUGGACUAUUUAUGGAUCUGUCUUUGUGCAAUUAUAAGAGCCCUCUGAAGGGAGGAACUGUGUCCUAGUCAGCAUGUCCCUGUGACCAAGCAGCACUUGGCACUGAACAUACUCAACGGGCCAUGCCUUCAGAGCAUGUUCUUAACCUCUGUGCUGACAAAGGCAGGCCUGCCAGGGAGGCCCUGGCUGGCUUCAGCACCCCUUCAAGUUGUCAGUGUCACCAGUAAGCUGCUCAGGCCAAGCGUGCUGAGGGGAGCUCAGGAGGCACCUGACUAGAAGAGGGCCGAAUCAGCAGAGGAUGAGCAAGAUGCCCCAAAGCAGUGUUUCCCAGGGACCUGCCUGGACCCUGCCCUACCUCCUUAAGCUGCCUUUCAUGCCUGCCAUGCUUUUCACUUGCUUGAAACCAAAAGUAGAACACAGAAGUUUGUGAGUCAUCUUACCUUUCAAAUUUACAUUUGGUUUUGUGGGGUACUACUUGGUUGGAUUUGAGGGUUCAAGGGGUCUUGAAUGCAAGUUAACCAGAAACUCAAAAGAGAGCAGACCAUUAUGGCUCUGGAACCUGUGAAUUAUAAGAAAUAGCAGGGUGGGAAAAGCACAUACAGGCUCCAGGCCAGCUGCGCCCCCGCCGGCUGCUGUAGGAAAGAGCCUCUCCUGGGCAGUCCACGUGCUGCUACUCUCCGUCCCCUUUAAUAUCUUGAGUUCCAAUAUUAUUUUCUGCUAAAAAACAACAACAUGGACACAAAUGAUAACAUUUUAUUAUAGAAAAAGCAUCCCAAAUAUAGGAUUUCGUAAACACUGGUAGGUGAACAAGUGCAACUUUAAAUACAAAGUAAAGAGGCAAAACCUACAAGCAUUUUGCCUUUAAGAGAAAAUGUAAUGUUCUCUUGCAGAGGUGAUCCCACCCAGAGCACGGAUGUGGCUCCAUCUCCCAUAAAGGUAUCAGGUUUGCUUUCUGAACUAUGCCCAGUUUAACAAUUUCAAAAUGAUGGCAAGAAGUGGCAUUGAAUAAAUCACUGAUUCUUAACUUUCUAUUGACUGUUA